UACGUUCUUUAUCCUUCUUCCUUAUUAUAAUUCUAGAAUUAGUAUUAGUAGUACGUGUAUUAAGAUCAUUAUAAGGAAUUUAAUUUUAUUUUUUUUGCAGAUAUAUGGAGGAGUUAUAUUCAAUUCCAUUAGGUUAUAGAUUUUUACCAACAGAUGAUGAGCUUAUUGAGCAUUAUUUGAUGAAGAAAAUCAAUGGUGAAAAAUUACCAAAAAUUAAUGAUUUUCAAGAAAUAUGUAUCAAUAGUUCUCAUCCACAAGAAUAUUGCACGACCGAAAAUAAACACAAAAGAGGGGAGAAUUGGUACUUCUUCACAAGAAGGGAAAAAAAGUACAAAAAAGGAGGUAGACCAAAUAGACAAGUAGGAGGCAAAAAAGGCUUUUGGAAAGCUACUGGUAAUGAUGUAGAAAUAAUGAAAGAUGGUCAAAUUAUUGGGUACAGAAAGACACUUGAUUACCAAGAAGAAAAAGGAAUUAGAUCUAAGUGGAAAAUGCAUGAAUUUCGUAUUCAUAAAAAAGGUUUAUCACAUGAGUUGGACAAAAGUGUCUUGUGCGAGAUCUAUAUCAACAAAAGGACCAAUAAUAACGAUGAAGAUAUUAUUCAAGCUACGAGCGAUAAUAUUAAUGAGGUUAUAAAUAUCAAUAACGAUAUUUUUAACAAUAUUAUUCAAGCUCCGAGCUACAAUAUUGAUGAAGUCAGUUACAAUAACAAUGUUAUUCAAGCUACGAGCUAUAAUAUGGACGAAGUUAAGUAUUUCAACGGUUAUGAAAAUAUAAUUUAUCAUGACGAUCCGAUUCCUGAAAAUAUCAACAUGAGGAUUCAUGAAGAAAAUUUGGAGCAUGGACAAAAUUUUAUAGGUACCAACGAUUGUUUGGAGUUUUAUAAUGAUCAUCAAUUUGUUCAAAAAAUUAAUACUCCAAAUUUAAUUUCAUCAUCAAGUAAUCAUAUUGAUAAUAAUAUAUAUCAUUAUAAGGGUUUUGAUGAGCUUGGUGUGGUGGUACAAAAAUAUGUACAAAAUGGCUGUGCCAAAAAUAAUAUUAUUCAAGCUACGAACGAUAAUAUUGAUGAGGUUAAAAAUGUCGAUGACAAUGACAAUAUUAUUCAAGCUACGAGCAACAAUAUUGACGAGGUUAAGAAUGUCAGUGGCAAUGACAAUAAUGUUUAUGAUUUUAAGGGUUUUGAUGAGCUUAGUGUAGUGGUACAACGUUACGUACAGAUGAAAAAAUGAAAAGACUAGCAAAAUAAUAUUUAUUUAUUUAUUUGCAUCUCACAUUUUUUUCCAGAAUUAUUGAAAAGUCAAAGCAUUAAUCAUGUUUCAGUAUCUACACUUUUUAAGCGUUUGAAUCAUGAUUAUCUUAUUUAAAAGUUUAAAUUAUUUGUAUUAUGUUAUUUUGUCGUUUCUUCUGUGUAAAUAAGGAGGAGGAGAUGGGGAUAAGGUGGAGGAUAUCUUUUGUUCUAUUAAGUUGUGACUAUUUUUCUAUGAGUUUACGUUUUGCGCACCUUUUGUAUAAUAUGAAAUUACAAUCUAUUCCUCUUUAACUUGUAAUUAUAUUAAAAAGUAACUCAAACUGAAUACAUAAUAUGUUUUCAGAUACAUUAAAAACUAGCUCAGAUA